AUGAUAGUCGCUGCGGUCCCUAUGACAGUCACCUUUGACCGCCUGUCUCCUAGGGCAAAUACCACUGACAGACUUGUGUUUUGUCAUUUCAUGAUAGGGAUUGUUGGCAAUCGUCAGAAUGCAUCAGACUAUGAUGACGAUAUGAAACGGGCGAAAUCUCUCGGGAUUGACGCCUUUGCCUUGAACAUCGGCACUGAUUCCUACACUGACACGCAACUCGGCUAUGCGUACCAAUCUGCCGCAAACAAUGACAUGAAAGUAUUCAUUUCCUUCGAUUUCAAUUGGUGGAGUAUUAGCCAAGCCAGUGAUAUUGGGGCAAAAGUGAAGCAAUAUGCUGGCCUCCCUGCACAACUCACCUAUGGUGGAAAAGUUGUCGUUUCGUCGUUUGCUGGAGACGGAGUCGACGUUGCAACACUCGAGUCUUCCGCAGGGACGGAGAUAUUCUUUGCACCGAAUUUCCAUCCGGGCCAAGGAAACUUUAGUGCCAUCGACGGUGCUUUGAACUGGAUGGCAUGGGAUAACAAUGGUGACAACAAAGCUCCCACGCCGGGGCAUAAUGUUACAGUGGCCGAUGGUGAUCAGUCAUACAUUACAGCGCUAUCAGGAAAGCCUUACGUUGCCCCUGCAUCGGCCUGGUUCUCGACACAUUACGGAGCAGAAGUGUCCUACAGCAAGAACUGGGUGUUCCCCUCUGACCUUCUUUGGUUCAACAGGUGGAAUGACCUUCUCACACUUGGUCCACAGUUUGUCGAGAUUAUUACGUGGAAUGACUAUGGAGAAUCGCAUUACAUUGGACCUCUUUCUUCUCCCCAUAACGAUGAUGGGGCUUCGAAAUGGGUCAUGGACAUGCCGCACGAUGGCUGGUUGGAUAUGGCAAAGCCAUUCAUCUCCGCAUACAAGGCCGGUAGUACUUCAGUGAAUCAGUACAUCACCGAUGAUCAAUUAAUCUACUGGUAUCGACCCACGCCAAAGAGUAUUAAUUGUAACUCUACAGACAACACUGAGCAAGGGAAUCCCAACAACUCGAGUGGGAACUUUUUCCGUGGCCGUCCGAACGGCUAUGAGACACUGGCAGAUGCAGUCUUCGUCGUCUCUCUCCUCACUGAGCCUGCCACAAUCAAAGUACAGUCUGGAAACAACACCCAAACGUUUUCCGCCGAGGCUGGGGCUAGUGCUUUUAGUGUGCCAAUGGGCGUGGGAAAGCAAGUCUUUUCAGUCACACGCAACGGCCAGUCAAUCCUCAGUGGUACGAGUCUCAAGGACAUCGUUGAUACAUGUAUCUGCGGCAUUUAUAACUUCAACGCUUAUGUUGGGACUCUCCCAGCACCUUCGACUAUUGAUAAGUUACAGCCAGCUGGGUUGUCCAUGCUGACCCAAGGGCUCCAAGUGCCAUGUCCGACUAACACAUUAGGCACAACCCCGACUGCUACCUUAGGACGGUACGCGGUGACUCCCAUCAGGCGCUCCAAAUGA